AUGGCCAUAUACCCCUCGAACAUCCUCUACCACACAAAAUCCAACCAAUUAACAUGGAGCAUUUCUACCUCCCCCUCCUCCUCCUUUUUGUCUCCUUCUUCUCCCUCUCUCUCUUCAACCUCUUCUACAAGCACCGGUCACACUUCACCGGCCCAAACCUUCCACCAGGGAAAACCGGGUACCCCAUGAUUGGCGAGAGCCUCGAGUUUUUGUCCACCGGAUGGAAAGGCCACCCCGAAAAGUUCAUCUUCGACCGCAUGACCAAGUUUUCGUCCGAAAUCUUCAAAACCUCGCUUUUUGGGCAGCCGGCCGCAGUCUUCUGCGGUGUGGCCUGUAACAAGUUCUUGUUUUCCAAUGAGAACAAGCUUGUAACAGCUUGGUGGCCAGACUCCGUCAACAAAAUCUUCCCUAGUUCCACCCAGACCAACUCCAAUUUGGAGGCCAAGAAGAUGAGAAAGUUGCUUCCCCAGUUCCUUAAGCCCGAGGCUUUGCAAAAAUACAUCAGUAUCAUGGAUACGAUCGCACAGAAACACUUCGCUUCUGGUUGGGAAGACCAUAAGGAAGUCACUGUAUUCCCUCUCGCUAAAAGGUACACUUUUUGGUUGGCUUGUCGCUUGUUUCUCAGCCUCGAGGAUCCGACCCAUAUAGCAAGAUUUGCCGACCCAUUCCAUGCUUUGGCUGCCGGGAUCUUUUCAAUCCCGAUUGACCUGCCGGGAACGCCAUUCAACCGUGGAAUCAAGGCCUCAAACUUCAUCAAAAAGGAGCUCUUGGCGAUCAUUAAGCAGAGAAGGGUGGAUUUGGGUGAGGGCAAGGCUAGCCCUACACAAGACAUACUGUCUCACAUGCUCUUGACUUCCGACGAGAAUGGCCAGUACAUGACUGAAUUAGAUAUCGCCGACAAAAUUCUUGCCUUGCUGAUAGGCGGACAAACGGCGAGUGCUGCCUGCACUUUCAUUGCCAAGUAUCUUGCUGAACUUCCUCAUAUUUAUGAGGGAGUCUACAAUGAGCAAAUGGAGAUAGCCAAUUCCAAAGCACCUGGGGAGUUGUUGAACUGGGAUGAUAUUCAAAAGAUGAGAUAUUCAUGGAACGUAGCUUGUGAAGUGAUGAGGCUUGCUCCACCUGUCCAAGGAACUUUCCGGGAAGCCAUUAAUGACUUCAUCUUCAAUGGUUUCUCCAUUCCCAAGGGCUGGAAGUUGUACUGGAGUGCAAACUCGACACACAAGAAUGCGGCAUACUUCCCUGAACCAGAAAAAUUUGAUCCGAAUAGAUUUGAAGGAAGUGGACCAUCUCCGUACACAUAUGUUCCAUUUGGUGGAGGGCCGAGGAUGUGCCCAGGAAAUGAAUAUGCCCGAUUGGAAAUACUUGUUUUCAUGCACAACUUAGUGAAAAGGUUCAGGUGGGAGAAGAUGAUUCCCGACGAGAAAAUCGUCGUUGAUCCCAUGCCCAUGCCUGCAAAGGGCCUGCCUGUUCGCCUUUACCCCCACAAAGCUUGAGAGUGUUGGCCGGAGACGAGGACUCAAAAUCUUAGGUUUAUUUUCUUCCUUCACCACUCCCAUGCACAAGAUCGAAAAUCUAGCUAUACAAAAGCACACAACCCAACCUUUGUCCUUAAUUUGUUCGUUUUCUCCGUUUUUUUAUUUUUAUUUAUUUUUUGUUUCUUGUAUUUGUUUUUGUCUUGUGUUUAAGGCAUUUACAUGAUCAGCCACCCGUGUGACUUAUAUAUUGAUCCUCUAGAUGUCUCUCAAAGACGUACAUCAAGGAAAUGUAAAGUGGAUAUUAAAGAAUAACUAUAUUUUAUGAGCGAGACCUCUUAAUUUGUGUUGAAAA